AUGGAAAACCCUCUUUAUUUAGGCUAUAUAAAUACCGUAAAGGAAAUAAAAGAUUAACAAGGAAGAACUGUGAAAAUAUUAAAAUUUAGGUUUGCUCAAAAAUAUAUCCCAUUUGUUUAUUUAGAAUGGGUUAAAGGUCCUUGUUAAAAAUCUUUUAGAAAAGGAAGAUGGUACAGAUUUAGAAAUUAUGAAAUUGAACAGAAUGUGUUAAGACGUAUUCCUUUUUAGAAUAAUACUUAUAGAUUACUAAGUAAACUUGAUUAAGAAGAAUUGAAUAUUUAACCUAUGAGAGAACCAUAUUCAAAUAUUUUAGGAAUUAUAGAAGAUGUUGGUGAACUUAACUAUCAUUAAAGGUCUUAUCCUUAAAAGAUAAUUAGAAUUUUAAAAGAAGAUGGAAUAACUCAAGUUGAAUUAAAACUAAAAAAUUAGUUUGCAAUUAAGAAAGAAGAAUAAUUCAAAGUUGGCAACAUAAUAUAUAUUCAAGAAUGUAAAUAUUAAGGACUAAACAAUAAUUAAAUGGAUUGGUAUUCAACAUUAACGAAAAACACUAAAAUUUAAUUCGAUCUAGAUGUUAUUAGAUAACAUGUCCCAUAUGAAAGACUUGAAUCUAUUAAGAAACUUAACAAAAUGUAGAUUAUCUAAGAAGAAAUAACUGGAUAAAUACUGUGA